CAUCUGUAACAAUGUCUCUCAGAACGGUACAUAGUCAACUGAGCAGCAAUGGCGAUUCUAUCUUUGAUGUCAUGCAACCAAGCGAACAACACCUGGGCAUCCUGUGCAUUAUCAGGACUUCCGAGACCUGUAGUGCGGCUGGCGUCAUCGAAUGAAAAUGUGGAUCUACCGAAUGAUCAAUAAUGAGUCGCUGAGCGUACUGGCAGUAAGUUGUGAAAUGAAGCCGACACCUCGUCGCGAUCUACUGCAAAUAAAAGAGAACAUUGACGAAAUGGGGGAGUGCUAUGAGAGCGAAAACGUUUGGAUGGUUAUCGCGCAUGAUGUGAGUGUUCUAAGAGUUGUGGACUCUUUUCUCAAGCAGGCUAGGAUACAGGAAAAGAGAAAUUGCAAGACAGCGACAAGGUGGGGAUUUUGUGGAGAUUUCUCUCAUGUGCCGGAGGCAAGUAGAGCAUGGUUGAAACUAGGUUCCACAAAAGGGUAAACCCGACGCCUUUUGAGGGUUCGCCCAUACCGGCCUUUGAGAAUCCUUGAAUAUCACCUGCCAGCUCGAAUUGUGUCUCACUCACCAGAAAUCUGGUCAGUCUGCGUCUGCGUUUUCGGAAUCGGGCUCAUUAAUAGCCUCCGUUCCGUUCCACGUUCCACCUUCAUACAAGGAAUC